AUGGAGGUGGCCGGAGGAAGGGAAUCUGCAUCGGUCGGCCCGCCGACAACACAAGAUUCUGCAAUCGCCAAUGGCGAUGAAGAUUACCUACUAACCGACCCGUACUUCAUGGAUGACGGGCGGUCUAGCAGUCUAAGUGAAAUCGAUGACGUUUCGGACGAUGAACCGUUAGAUUACGAUUUACCUAAGCCUGAGAAACCUGCUCCUGAAAAUGAUUCCGAGGCUGAAACGGAGCGCGUCGAUGACUCCCCGAGCAACCUUCGAUUGAAACGGGACAUCGUAUUGAGUGCGGGCGGCCCGGGACCUAGCCCGAGCAAGCUGGCACAAUCGACCACUUACGAUGAUAUUGAAGAUGAUGAUGGAGACCGGGCCGUAGUCGAUUCACCCAGCAGACCUCAACGGCCAUCCAGAAAUGAAAGCGCCGCGCAGGCAGCCGAAGACACACCUGCGGCAGAGGACACUGUCCUGUCAUUAGACGGCGUCGGUAAGAAGCGAAAACGUGCAGGAUCUGACGAUGAUACCGGGACAGAUCUUGUGGAAGAGGAGCCGCUCAAAAAGCGUCGUGGCUCUGUCAAGAGUGACCUGAGCGAACCAGCUUUGGCGGAAACUCCCCUUUCGCCCCAGCAGAAAGAGGAUCAUCUGAAAGCAGUUGAUGAGGGCACCCCCGCAGAGGAUGUUCCCGAGCUGGAUUUGCCCGCUAUGCCCGCGAAAAGCAAAAAGGGCAAAAAGAACAAACGCAAAGGGAAAAGGGCUCGGGAAAUGGAUGAAGAGAUCGAAGCUGGUGCUAGCGGUGAACACCCAGAAGAUGAUGAGACCGCUGACCGCGGAGAAGAAGCAGAAGAUGCCGAAGCUAUUGCGAAACAUGAGGAAGAGGCAGCAAAGAGGAUAUCUGCGAUGGAGUCCUUAGCGGUUUUGGAACGGGAAUUCGCGAGCCUACGCGACAAAAUCUAUGACGAGAGAAUCUCCAAGCUCAACAAUGAGUUGGACAUGCUCACGGGCCCGAAUCCCACUCAUCCUGAAUAUCUCCGGCAGCUCGAAAGCGUCAAACGCUAUUGUGAUGCUAAGAUCAAUUAUGAGCAUACCUUGUUCAGGUAUCGCAUCAAAUCUUUACUGAAUAAGAGCCUUGCAGAGCGCGCUCAGAUACAUAGCACGUAUUUCCAACGCGUCAGGGAUGCUCGCGAACGGCAUUCCAGUGCUGUCAGCAGGCAGUUCUACGCCAUACAGCACGACCGAUUUAAAACCGAGGAACUUAGUCCCAAUCAGUCCAUCCCAUUUCCCACUCGUCGUUCGCAGCAGAUUGCCCAACAAACUGCAUAUAACCAGGAGGUUUCGAUAAUGGCUGGUGUUGCCAAAUACAUUGGUUUCCCGGCUGCGCCGAGUUUGACGAGCGCGCGUCCCUCUGAGCUCGACGAAGACCUAGAAAAGAUGGGCAUCUCUGUUGAGCCAAGAUAUUCAGCUCUACAGUCUUCAACUGCACCACGUGGCGCCAUGUCUGCUAUGCCGUCGAACCUCGCCCGCACCGCUGCCGAGGAAGCUUUCCUGGAGCACACGCCUUGGGCAAAUCCUCAACACCCGAUUCACCAGCAGCAGGGGCAGCAGAGGGUCUACGGUCGGGUUUUUGAACACCCCAAUGCUCUGUCGGUCACGACCCCAGCCGCUCAGAAGCGCGCGGUUGAUAUCAAUGCCCCUAAUGGAUCGGCUUCCACGAUCCCGGAAAAUAUGUCAGCGGCUAAUUCUUCAGCGGCAAAUACUCCCUUUGGGACAGAGCAAGAGCAGCGUCUUCAUAGCCAUGGGCAGUUUGGGAAUCCCGACUAUGAGAUGGACAGAAGGACUGGAUUUCGGUCGUUAAGCUCCUCACCUCUAGAUGUGCGCAAACCACAUCCCCACGCCGGCAGCAUUCUUGACCACCACAGAUCCCAUCAAGGCAUCCGAUCAGACACGGGGGCUCGGAAUAAUGCAUAUUCACCGCCGGCAUCCCGCCUUGGGUUAUUUCAUUCAGCUGCUUCGAAACGAGACACCUCGCCGCCGCCUUUAUCUUCAAGACAGGUGAGCACUAUUCACCACCCAGCUGGGGUCUCUACAACUUCUGGUUCAAGUAUGGCGGCUCGGUAA